AUGGGUAACGAUACCAUUGCUAAUAUGAUUACAUCUAUAAGAAAUGCCAACUUAGAAAAAACAAAAACAGUUCAAGUACCAGCAACUAAUAUUACUAAAAAUAUUGGAAAAAUUUUAUUACAAGAAGGAUUUAUAGAAAAUUUUAGAGAACACGAAGAAAGUAAAAAUUGUUUUUUAAUUUUUACUUUGAAAUAUCAAGGAAAAAAAAAAAAGCCUUAUAUAACAACUUUACGACGUAUUAGUAAACCAGGUUUAAGAAUUUAUUCUAAUCAUAAAGAAAUUCCAAAAGUUUUAGGUGGGAUGGGAAUUGUUAUUCUUUCAACGUCUGAAGGAAUUAUGACCGAUCGAGAAGCAAGAGAAAAAAAAAUUGGAGGAGAAAUUUUAUGUUAUGUAUGGUAA